AUGCAUCAACGGCGUUUGCACUCGAUACUAUCGCUUUCAAGGCGAUUGAAGUCAUCAAAAGAGAACGCAGAGGUCACAUACUCGGUGCCAGCUCGUGGUCCACGUCCGCCACAUCACGCGGCACGUGCGCCACUUAAACGCCAGAACUAUUCGUUUCCAGUAUUUCCAGUGAUAGAAACCAUGCAUCAACGGCGUUUGCACUCGAUACUAUCGCUUUCAAGGCGAUUGAAGUCAUCAAAAGAGAACGCAGAGGUCACAUAUUCGGUGCCAGCUCGUGGUCCACGUCCGCCGCAUCACGCGGCACGCGCGCCACUUAAACGCCAGAACUAUUCGUUUCCAGUAUUUCCAAACAGGGGUGUGGAAAGCGGGAUGGCUCAACGAUUGUACGAUUAUCAGGUGAUGAGUGAAUUAGUGCAAAGCUUGCCGACCGCUUCGGAACGUAUUGAGUUUGUGAAUCCAUAUGAACGUGAAUUUACGAGGCGUGAAAUACGCUUUCAUCGGCCAUGGCAGGCACGGCUCUUGAAAACGCGAAAAGCGUGGCGAGUGGAAUCCGUCCCGAACUAUUUUGAUCCAUUAAAUUUUUACCAGUACAUCACCAAAACCAGAUGCAUAGAGGGAUUGAGCCAGUGGUACAAUGAGCCCGCUCUACCAUUUUCGAGAGAUUUUAAGCAGCGCUUGGGAGAAAUGUUGAGGUUACAUUUACUAUCAACGAAUGUUGAAAGUGAGGAAGAAAGGGUUAAUGGAAUUUUGCGAAGUUUACUCGAUUUGUUACUGGAGCAUGGCGUGCAGAGCCGUGUCCAUACUGCUUUAGCUGAACAAAGAGUAUCGCAUGCACCACGUUGCGAAUCAUUCUGGAUUCGAUCUGGAUUUGACGCCAUAUACGAGAAAUCGAACAAACAUAGGCACCGAGGUGAUGAUAGAGCAAAACUUGGUGAACUUGCAUUCACGCUAAGAGAUGCAUUCGCUACACAUGUGCGCCUGAAACGACCUUUGAAGCCCCAACGCUUGGGAGAAAUGUUGAGGUUGCAUUUACUAUCUACGAAUGUUGAAAGUGAGGAAGAAAGGGUCGAUGGAAUUUUGCGGAGUUUACUGGAUUUGUUACUGGAGCAUGGCGUGCAAAGCCGUGUCCAUACCGCUUUAGCUGAACAAAGAGUAUCGCAUGCACCACGUUGCGAAUCAUUCUGGAUUCGAUCUGGAUUUGACGCCAUAUACGAGAAAUCGAAUAGACAUAGGCAUCGAGGUGAUGAUAGAGCAAAACUUGGUGAACUUGCAUUCACGCUGAGAGAUGCAUUCGCUACACAUGUGCGCCUGAAACGACCUUUGAAGCCCUUAUUGCCAUUUUCGGAUGAAGAGGUGACGAGGCCACUGUUUGAACCUGAAUUUAACGUCAAAGACGAAGUGAUAUAUUCGCCUGCGAUGUUUGGCAUGUUGGUCGACAGUGAGCCAUUGUGGCAAUGUCCCGGAUACGAGCCCGACUCUGGCGACGAAUACAAAUUUGGACUGGUUGCUUUCAAGCAAUGCACAGAGCUGGAUGAUUAUUGUAAGCGGUGGAAAGUGAGGGGCGAGGAAGAGAGAGUGGUUCGCAACGAAUGCCUUCGGGCAACAGCGGUUUCCUCUCUGUUUUCAUGGCUUAAUGGACAAGCUCAUGCAUUAGGUUUUACGCAAUAUAAUGAUAUUGAGAAUCCACUUGUCUCACAGCUGGUUCUAUCAGACGGGAAGCAGUUUUUCUUUGCAAUAGCUCAGCUGAAUACACUAUUGAUCAAUGUUGAUAUUGAGGGAAUAAUCAAUAAGCGGGUGAAUUUGUGCUAUGUGGAAGGACCAUUCAAUCUGUAUAAUGAGUACAACCACAGUUUUACGCAAUAUAAUGAUAUCGAGAACCCACUUGUCUCACAGCUGGUUCUCUCAGACGGGAAGCAGUUUUUCUUUGCAAUAGCUCAGUUGAAUACACUGUUGAUCAAUGUUGAUAUUGAGGGAAUAAUCAAUAAGCGGGUUAAUUUGUGCUACGUGGAAGGACCAUUCAAUCUGUAUGAUGAGUACAACCACAGUACGGGAAUGUUUCAUUUUCACCAAAAAAGCGGCAGUGACGAGGCGGGAAAUCAGUUCAAUCUGCAUGUGCUUGGUCGACUGAUGCAAAUGAUUGUGAGGGAUAUUCCGGUGAGGGACGAAUCUGAAGAUAUUGAACAGUUACCGAAGUAUGUGCCUGUGACAUUUGAAAGUGUCCCGUAAAA